AUGCAAUCUUUGACACAUUAUUCAACUUACAUCGACCCAUCAAGGAUUCGAACGUUGAUUGUUCCCAUUGGUAAAUGGCGAGAAUCGUCUUUCACUAAAGCAAUCUCUAGAAUAAAAGAUUUCAAUGAAAUUCGUCUGCUAGAUAUCACGCCAAUCGAUAGUCCGCUCUUUACUCCACAAGGUUUCCCAAAUGGUAGGUUAUUAUUCGAUAUUAAUAUUAUAGCCAAACUAGAUGAGUCAGAUAUGUUUCUUUAUGAUUUCGAACCAUUUAGGAAAACAUUUAUCGUAAUAGGUUUAGUUAAUGAUGAUAGUGAUCCCAUUGAAAACUUGGAAAUAUUAAAAGAUAAAUAUCCAACAGUUAUAUCACAUAACCUGAUUUAUUCCUCAAAGGAUCUCGACAAUACAAAAACUUCCGAUGCAAAUGUGUUUUAUAGAAGAAUUAAUGAAGAAAUAUCUCUAGAAACAGUUAUGUGUGAUAUAGGCAAGAACUUUCUACAGGCAUUGAAUCAUUAUUAUUCAUCAUACAAACAUGUCACUUUAAGAUCUCCAGGUGCAAUUGGAGGGAGUUCAGUUCUUAAAACCAAACUAACACGUCAAGUAACGACUGCAAACAGUAUGAUGGCGUCAAAAUCUUCUGCAACAUCUAAUCCCAAACGACUAUCAUCAUUCGAAGCCACUACAAAUACAUUAAAAAGGUCUGCAUCAAUGAAAUUAGCCACUACAUUAUCAACAUCGGAGAACAAAGCUCAACAAAGGUCAAGAGGGAGACAAUUAAAAAUCCUAGGUAAUUUUCAACUACUUUCUGGGAGAUAUAUCGACGCAAUGGCUAGUUUUACAGAAUCUAUUAUUCUAUUGCAUAAGACCAGAGAUUAUAUAUGGCUAGGGUCUGGGCUCGAUGGACUCGCAAUUUGCUUCAUACUAUUAAGUUAUUUACAAUUGCCCUUUCAAAUACCUGAAAUAAUCGAUAUAAUUUGUCCUGUACCAUUAAUUGAUCCAUCUUCAAUUGAAAAUAAUAACAAUCUCAACUCUACAAGUUCUCCCAGAAAUAGUGUGGUGAUUAAUGGUUUGCAAUCCCCAAGAGGUUCGAUGGCAUUCAACCAACGACCGGCCUUAAAUAUUGACGUGGAAAAGGUUAAUCUACCAUUACUCAUUAAAACAUUAUCAGAAAAAACUUUAUAUUACUAUGACUUAAGUUUAUCUCAUAAUACUGAGUAUGCUCCACAAAUAGUAUAUAGCACAUGUCUUUUAAAAACAUUAACGUUCAUGACUUCAUGUCAUAAUGGAACAAUAUUAUCAGCUGAUAUUCUUAACGACAUAAUAAAAGGACGCCAUAACCAUGAAAAUAAUUCCCAACUGAAAGAAGAUUUCAAUCCGCUCUUCAAUAAAAUUGAAGUAUAUGCCUUUGCGAAUAGAUUAUUUGAAUUACAAUUAAAAGAUAUGGAGUUGGAAUCACAAGUCGAAAUAUAUUCCACAUUGGCGGCAGUUUACAAAAUAUUGGGCUUUCUUCGGAAGGAAUCCUUUGUUCUUCGACUACUAAUGGUUACAUUAUUGAUAAGCUCAGAAACCCUUUCAUGGCAUCAAGAUUAUAGGGCAUUGAUAUGCAACAUUUUGAACCUAUAUGGCAUUGAAAUUGACCAGCCUGAAAGCGCUCCAUCGGGAUGGCUAUUUCUUCAAAAAAAAGCCAUUCAAUUAUGUUUGGCUAUCUCAGAAAUAAUUAGCGACAAAGCCUACAUCUCUAAACUAUCAAUCUUACUUCUCAGAAAAUACUCAAAAAUUUUGACCACUGCAGAAGAAGAACGAAUGUUACAAAAUUAUAUCAAUCCAAUGGUCACCAGCGGAGUUAUUAAGACGUACUGGGACGAAUAUAUUUUGAGAGGUGUUAAAAUCCAAUCAUUAGAGUUUGACAAUUCAGGAGCUGAAAACAGUAGGAUACCCUUGGCGUCUGCGCUGAUCAACGAAUCCAGAAAAGCCAAAGAAAUUUCAAAAAUUAACACUCAAGAAGUUUUCAAUCCCUUCAAGCAAUUACAGAUUACGGCCAAAGCCAGGAAUAAUUCAAAUCCAAAGACAGAAACACCGCCAGAAUUGUUCCUAAUUGGUGACAAAGCAGAAUUUUCGAUUGAGUUACAGAAUCCAUUUAAAUUUGAUGUUCCCGUUUCUAACAUUGAAUUAAAUCCUAAAACGGCUAAAUAUUGUACACUUAUAGGCGAUAACUUUACGAAUGACAACCCGUAUGUCAUCAAACCGCUCUCAAUUCAAACUAUUUCCUUGAUUUUGCAAGUCAAAAAGGAAACGUUCCACGAUGUCCAUUUAAUUGAUUCUUUAAACAUGUCCAUAUUUAACUUACCACCUCAAGAGUUCAAAAUAGUUUCUUACAAAGAUAACUCAGAGGUUAAUGCAGAAGAAAAAUGUACAUAUGAUCAAGUUAAAUUACAGAUAUUACCAGAACAGCCAGAACUUCAACUUUUAAAUACAUCGAAGAUGACAGGAAAUGUAUGGAUGAUGCUUGAUGGUACAAGUACAAAUUUUACAGUCACAUUGAGGAACAAAUCUUUAACUUGUAACAUUGAUUAUCUGCAAUUCACACCGGUUACAAGCAUUGAACAGUCAUUAAAGCCAGAUUACUGGAAAAAACUGCGACCUGAUGAGUUAUAUAGCUUAGAGAAAAAAUUGGAGUGGUUAAAGAAAAACUGUAUUACCACCAAGAAUGCUCCAAGGACAAUGAAACCAAAUGAAGUCAUCGAAUUUAAUCUUAAUGUCAAUGUAAGUAAUGCGCCGUUGGAACUUACUGGAUUCGAUUUAUUAAUAGAAUAUGGGAUGAAAGCAGCUGAUCAAUCAUGUGUAUAUCUUAAAAAACUUCGCCUUCCAUAUAAGUUGACCAUUAAAAGUUCGAUUGAAGUUCCUACUAUGGAUAUAAUCCCAGUAAAUGAAUUACUCAGUGAUGAAAUGGAACGACUUGAUUGGAUUGACCAUUUGAUGAAGCAAAUAGGAGAUAAUGAAAACCGAAAGAAUGAUUAUGCUCUUUUACUUUUUGAUGUGAGAAACUCAUGGAUAGAUGGUAUGUCGUUAGAGGUCCAAUUUGAAGAGUUUAAAAGUAAUUCGUAUCUAAUUGAAGGGUCUCAUACAUCGAGAAUCAUUGUGCCUAUAAAAAAAAUUGACUACAGGGAAAAUCAUUUCGCAACCACUCCAAUCCCAAGUAUUUCAAAAGGGCGCCAAUUCAUUCAGAGUGGUUUGACUGAGCAAGAGGAAAUUGGCAUGAGGGAAAGUUUUUGGUUUAAAGAGUACUUGUUAUCAAGAUUAAAGGGUUCGUGGAAACUAUCCACCGAUAAAUCAAUCACUGGUACAGUAGAUUUUGGUAAGUUCAUUGAAAAAAUCGAUGCAAAAAUGGUAUCAGUGGCUUGCAAAGGGAAGUCAUCCUUUGACAUAAAAAUGACCAUGGAGAAAACCAACGUCAAAAUUGGUGAUAGCACAGAAAUCGUCGUUGAGAUCCAAACAAAUACAAAAGAUAGAUUAAAUAAGACGCCACCGACCGAAUACCUACACUAUCUAAUAUUUGAUCACUUUUCUUCACAGGCCCUUCCAAAAUCAAAUGGAAAGCUAUUAUACAAUGGCUCACUGUCAAAGCCCAUUAAUUCCUGUAAAGAUACCAGGAGUACGCUUGAGUUAAUCCCUCUUAACCGAGGUAAGUAUGAAAUUCAUACUUGCAUUUCAGAUGCUGCCUGCCCUGAAUCGAUCUUACAUUAUAAUGCUAAUUUUAUAGUAUUUACUGUUUAUUGA